AUGGUGGUUUCCAAUCUAGGAACGCGGGACCAACGAUCGAAAAAUAAUCCAUCAAUGGAAGAAGCACCUCAUACUAACCAGAAACUUUACACUUCAAAUACAUAUAAUGGACUUCCUAAACGUAUAAAUGACUUGUUAGAUAGAUCAACACCGUUGGGCGUAUACUGUUCGGGCUUCUUCGAACUUCAAAUUUUAGAAAUAGCGAAUCACCGAGGCGGUCGUGCAAACGGCGAAUGUUGCGGGACUCCGUCGACGUCCCAUCACUCGGCCGCGAUAAUAGGCGGCGUGCCUCUGACGACAUGCCGAACGCCGAGACCUUGCGCGACGAUGUUCCGCCUGUGCCUCAAAGAGUUCCAGCGGCCGAUGAUUUCGGCUCCUGCGGGGAGCGGAGGUCUGUUGUCGGCCACGACUGCCCCUGCCGGCGGUUGCUCGUUCGGGAACGCGAGCACCCCGGUUGUCGGAGGGACGAGCUUUGCGGUACCCGAACCUUAUACAGCAGCUAUGGUCUUGCCAUUCUCGUUUCGAUGGACGAGGCAAUUUACACUGGUACUGCAGGCACUGGAUUUUUACAACGCUACAUACCCCGAAACCGAACAUUUAAUCGAAGAAGCAACUUACAGUGGAAUUAUAGACCCAUCCAGCACUUGGAGCACGCUCGAAUGGGAAUCUCGAUCCGAACAGAGAAGAGAUUUGGCAGGUGAUAGGAGAGUGCGACUUACGUACAGGGUUCGGGUACAAUGCGAUAGGAAUUACUACAACGCAACCUGUACGAAGUUUUGCCGACCCCGUGACGACAAAUUCGGCCACUACACCUGCGAUUCGCUCGGCGAUAAGGUCUGCCUGCCAGGAUGGCAAGGGACGAAUUGUGAAAUAGCGGUAUGCAAAGCAGGAUGCCAUCCAGUUCAUGGAAAUUGCGACAGACCAGGCGAAUGCGAAUGUCGACCAGGGUGGAGAGGUCCUUUGUGCGACGAGUGCACCCCUUAUCCGGGGUGUAUUCACGGUUAUUGCAACGGAUCGGCUUGGCAGUGCAUAUGCGAUACUAACUGGGGCGGGAUUUUAUGCGACCAAGACCUCAACUACUGUGGGACCCACGAGCCUUGUCUGCACGGUGGCACGUGCGAAAACACGGCGCCCGAUCAGUACCUGUGCUCGUGUGCCGAGGGUCUCUCCGGCCGACACUGUGAAAUUGUUGACAACCCCUGCGCCCCUCAACCUUGCCGAAACGGCGGGACUUGUCGAGAGAGGCCUGGGUCGGGGUCGAAUUCGGCUGGGGCUGGAGGCUCGAACGCGGCCAAUGGGUAUCAGUGCUUGUGCGAUGCUGGAUGGGAAGGCCCUAAUUGCGAAACAAAUAUUGACGACUGUGUAGGAAAUCCUUGUGAGCAUGGAGGAUCGUGCAUAGACUUGGUUGAUGGUUUUCGCUGUGAAUGUCCUUCGGAAUGGACAGGAGAACACUGUGAAACAGACGUCGACGAAUGCCUCUCCUCCCCUUGCGCGAACGCUGUCUCGUGCUCCAACACGCACGGGGGCUUCCACUGCACGUGCGCGCCAGGCUGGGGCGGAGCGCUUUGCGCCCGGAACAUAGACGACUGCGUGGGACAGUGUCUGAAUGGGGCCACGUGCAUAGAUCUCGUGGACGACUACCACUGCGCGUGCGCUUCUGGAUAUACAGGUCGUGAUUGUUCCCAAGACGUUGAUGAAUGUCAAACAAAUCCUUGUAGGCAUGGUGGAGAAUGUGUUGACUUGGUUGGCGGUUUCAGAUGCAUUUGUCCAGUUGGAAGAUCAGGAACAUUAUGCGAGGACGACAUCGACAGGUGUGCCCCAAAUCCGUGUCAAAAUGGAGCUGAGUGCCUGAACACGCCCGGAGGAUAUUAUUGUCAUUGUCCUGGAGGACUUACCGGAAGACAUUGCGAAGGACCGAGGCAUCCUGUACUAGCAAACGAUGGGUGUAUGCCAAAUCCCUGCCAAAACAAUGGUACCUGUCUACUAGGUGGACCCAAUGGAGCAGCAUUUACAUGUCUUUGUUCUGCCGGUACACGUGGACGACUCUGCUCGGAAAUGUCAAAUUCUGGUGUUAUAGGAGGUUCAGAAGAUGAUUGUGAAGGAUGGUUUCGCUGUGAAUGUCCUUCGGAAUGGACAGGAGAACACUGUGAAACAGACGUCGACGAAUGCCUCUCCUCCCCUUGUGCGAACGCGGUCUCGUGCUCCAACACGCACGGGGGCUUCCACUGCACGUGCGCGCCAGGCUGGGGCGGAGCACUUUGCGCCCGGAACAUAGACGACUGCGUGGGACAGUGUCUGAAUGGGGCCACGUGCAUAGAUCUCGUGGACGACUACCACUGCGCGUGCGCUUCUGGAUAUACAGGUCGUGAUUGUUCACAAGACGUUGAUGAAUGCCAAACAAAUCCUUGUAGGCAUGGUGGAGAAUGUGUUGACUUGGUUGGCGGUUUCAGAUGCAUUUGUCCAGUUGGAAGAUCAGGAACAUUAUGCGAGGUAGCAUGCUCAAACGAUGGGUGUAUGCCAAAUCCCUGCCAAAACAAUGGUACCUGUCUACUAGGUGGACCCAAUGGAGCAGCAUUUACAUGUCUUUGUUCUGCCGGUACACGUGGACGACUCUGCUCGGAAAUGUCAAAUUCUGGUGUUAUAGGAGGUUCAGAAGAUGAUUGUGAAGGUGUAACAGGAAGAUGCUUAAAUGGAGGAAUUUGCGAUCUUCAAAGAGGCAGAUGCAAUUGUCUAGCUGGUUGGACUGGACCACAAUGUGAAGAACCUUUGGACCAAUGCCACGGAGAGCCAUGCCACAAUGGGGGCACUUGUGUUGGAGGUCCCGGUUGGUUUCGUUGUGAGUGCUCUCGAGGAUUCACAGGACCGGACUGUCGUAUAAAUGUGAACGAAUGCGCAUCAAGCCCUUGUCAGGGGGGAGCUCCUUGCAAAGACAGAAUAGGCGGUUACACUUGCUUGUGUCCACCAGGACGAGCCGGAGAACGUUGCGAGAUAGAAACCUCUGGUUCCGGUUGUUGGGCGCCUCCUAAUUCCACAUGGCUGAACGAAUGCAAUACCUGCACGUGCGUGCAGGGUAUUCAACGUUGCUCGAAUCUUUGGUGUGGCCUUCAGGAUUGCCUUGGUGUCAAUUCUACAAAAUGUGCACCGCAUGAGGUUUGUGUACCAGCUCCUCAGGAAUCCUGCCUCUCUUCUCCAUGUAUAGCCCGAGGCGAUUGCCGAGCUUUAGAGCCCUCUCGCCGUGUGGCUCCUCCUGCUCUUCCGGCAUCUCCUGAUUGUUGGCCUAAUCAGGCGGCUUUAGGCGAACAAUGUGCUAGAGUGUCUGCUUUAUUAGAAACAGGCAAAGCUCCCAGAGGAGCUACAUCGGAAACUUUAUGUGAUGCCCUUAGAACCCUUCUGGGAGCGAGAUUAGUAAUAGAGCCGACAGCGGAUUUAAGGCAUAUAGUUGUCGUCUUGUGUGAGAUGAAGACGGGAUCUAAUGACACAGUUGAAGUUACAGUGUCUUCCCCUCCUGGUGGAAAUGCAGGAGCACAAAUUGUUGCCUUGUCUGUCCGGUUGUUGGGCGAAUUAAUAUCACGUGGAGCAGCAUCUAGUGAUGGAGCAUUACCAGGGGCUAUCAGAGAAGUUAAAGUGGAGACUGCGCUUUUAAGUUCAGAAACUCAAGGAGGAGAAUAUUUUAUUGCAUUGAUCUGUGUAAUGUCAAUUAUAGUCCUUGCGGCUGUUGUGCUCGGAAUAUUUGUCAUGAGACAGAGGAUGCGUGGUCGUUCUAUAAGUGGAAUGGGCUUGACACCUUCACCAUCUGAUGCUUUUCGUGCUGAAGAAGAAAAAUCAAAUAAUUUACAAAAUGAAGAGAACUUUCGGCGAUACGCUAAUCCUUUAAAAGAAGAAAGAUCUACAAACCCUAAUGUGAGUUUAGUGCGACCUAUACCUGGUGAGGCUUUAGCUGGACCAAGUACUACCGCACAAGAUUUUAUGCAUGAAUAUAGUCAAAGGUUACACAAGAACAAAUCAUUAAACCCGGAUUUGGUGCAUGUGGAUGCAGAUCUGUUGCAUGUUGAUUGUAAUUUAAAAACAGCACAUAGAAACAGUCAAAUUCUGCUAUACAAAGCUCAGAAUCCUGAUAUGAGGAAAAACACAACUGGGACAUUUGACAACCUUAAUAAAGACUUUGGCAAAAGAUCGAUAAAUAUGUCAACAGCUUCAAGUGAUAGUGAUGUACUGACAGUAUUGGUGUAGUAUUGUGUUUUUUAUUUAAUAUGUUAUUAUGAACUUAAAACAAUCGUAUUUAUAUUAAGACAGAUUUUGUAAUUUACAUAAAAAGUAUUACUUGUGCCUGGUAAGAGUGACUAAGAUAUUAUAUCAUAUGAAAUAUGUGGAGACAACUGAAGUGCCAAUCAGAUAUGUCUCGAGUUAUAAAAAAAAUAUAAUCUAUGUGAUAGAUUUAAAUGAUAAUAUAUUUUAUGAAAACCUUAGCCAAGCAAGAACGCAUCUUACGAAAUUUAUAAGUUUGUGAUAAGAGUAACAUUAUUAUUGAUGGACAAUUAAUUCAUUUAUUGCAACUCGCAUUUGGCUUUUGCGAUGCUUUCUCAGUAUGCAUCCACUAUUAUGUGAUACUA